CGUUCUUAUCUCUGUCUUCUUCCUCAUUUUGACUUUUUUCUUCGCGAUUCGUAGAUCGUUGCUGAUCGAGAAAAAACAUGGGAGGUGGCAAGGACAAGCAUGGUGAUCAGGACAAAGGCUUUCACGGGUAUCCCCCGGGGCAGUACCCACCGCCUCCUGGGGCGUAUCCUCCUGCUGGUUAUCCGCCUCAAGGUUAUCCUCCUCCGGGAGGCUAUCCCCCUCCAGGAGGGUAUCCUCCCGGAGCAUACCCUCCUGCUCCCGGAGGGUAUCCCCCUGCCGGCUACCCUGGGCAGCAUCAUUCUGGACAUGGAGCAGGGGUUGGGGCUUUGGUAGCAGGGGUGGCUGGUGCAGCUGCAGCGGCCUAUGGAGCUCAGCACGUAGGCCAUAGCUCUCACAACCCAUAUGGUCAUGUGCUCGGCCAUGGUCAUGGUGGUCACGGUAAGUUCAAGCACGGCAAGCACGGCAAGUUCAAGCACGGUAAGCACGGCAAGUUCAAACACGGGAAGCAUGGAGGAAAAUUCAAGAAGUGGAAGUGAGAAGAUCUUUACUGCUACAACUCUUUAUCUGACCCUGAUGCUUAAAUAAUUCCCAGAUACACUAUUUGACUCUGGUGAGAGAUUGAUGGUUUGGCUUUCGUGUGAAAUAGUUGACACCUUUUUUUUUUUUAUCACAACAGAUAUGAUAUUGUGAAGCUUAUCUAUA